CAGCGCCCCGCCCCGUCCGGCUGCGCCCUCAGUCCCGCCGCUCCCCCUCGGCCCCCCCGCGCCCGGGAUCCCCCCUCCGGCACCCCUGCGUCGUCUGUUCGCCGGGUCCUGCCAUGGGCCCCGCCGCUAGCCCCGCGCUGAGGUCGCCGCCGCCGCCGCCUCCUCCGCCGCCGUCGCCGCUGCUGCUGCUGCUGCCCCUACUGCCGCUCUGGCUGGGCCUGGCGGGGCCGGGGGCCGCGGCGGACGGCGGCGAGCCGGCGGCCGGGGCGGGGCGGGGCGGGGCCCGCGCCGUGCGGGUGGACGUGAGGUUGCCGCGGCAGGACGCGCUGGUGCUGCAGGGGGUGAGGAUCGGCCCCGAGGCCGACCCGGCGCCCCCGCUGGGCGGCCGCUUGCUGCUGAUGGACAUCGUGGAUGCUGAGCAGGACGCACCCGUAGAAGGCUGGAUUGCGGUGGCAUACGUGGGCAAAGAGCAGGAGGCCCAGAUUCACCAGGAGAGUCAGGGCGGCGGCCCACAGGCCUAUCCCAAGGCUCUGGUUCAGCAGAUGCGGAGGGCACUCUUCCUGGGAGCCUCAGCCCUGCUGCUCCUGGUCCUGAACCACAACGUGGUCCGAGAGCUGGACAUUUCCCAGCUUCUGCUCAGGCCAGUGAUCGUCCUGCAUUAUUCCUCCAAUGUCACCAAGCUGUUGGAGGCACUGCUGCAGAGGACCCAGGCCACGGCUGAGAUCACCAGCGGAGAGUCCCUGUCGGCCAACAUCGAGUGGAAGCUGACCCUGUGGACCACCUGUGGCCUCUCUAAGGAUGGCUACGGAGGAUGGCAGGACUUGGUGUGCCUGGGAGGCAGUCGGGCCCAGGAGCAGAAGCCGCUGCAGCAGCUGUGGAACGCCAUCCUGCUGGUGGCCAUGCUCCUGUGCACAGGCCUCGUGGUGCAGGCUCAGCGGCAGGCAUCCCGGCAGAGCCAGCGGGAGCCCGGAGGCCAGGUGGGAGCCAGCCCUUGGGGGGGGCCCGUGGGAGGGGGGCCUGUGUCUCCGGCGCUAGGAACUGUGCUGCCCUUCCCCCACCUCCCCCCAAGGUGGAGCUGCUCAAGCGCCGGGUGGUGCAGAGGCUGGCAUCCCUCAAGACCCGGAGGUGCCGGCUGGGCCGGGCAGCGCAGAGCCCCCUGGAGCCUGGUGCUGAGACCUGCGCUGUGUGUCUGGACUAUUUCUGCAACAAGCAGUGGCUCCGGGUGCUGCCCUGUAAGCAUGAGUUCCAUCGAGACUGCGUGGACCCCUGGCUAAUGCUCCAGCAGACCUGCCCGCUAUGCAAAUUCAACGUCCUGGGGAACCGCUACUCCGAUGAUUAGCUGCCCCAGCGGGGUCUCUGCAUGCAGGCAAGGGACCCUGCCUGCCUGCGCCCUGGGCGCCCGGAACAGGACAGCAGCGGGGGGCAGGACAGAAAGCCCUGUGAUGGGAGGAGGGAUGGGGCCUCCCCGCUCAGGGGCAAGGCGCCCACCACACACAUCCAUACCAGGAGCGAGGGACCACCGUCCCCAGCCUGAGGAUGCACGGCCCGGACCUGGCAGGAAGACAGGCGGCUUUGGGGCCCUUGUCUGCCAUCCUGGGUUGUCUCCGUCUGCCUCCUCACAGGCAGCACCCAGGACCCCGGGCAGGCAUCUGGGGAAGAGGGUGUGGGCAGCGCCGCUGCUCCCAGAGCUCUGGCAGCUCCCUGGCCUGGCUGGCAGGGCGUCCCUGAGGGCUGCGGCUGCAGUGGCCUGGUUCUGUGCGUAUUUAUUGGGGGGUGGGGCGGGGGAGGUGCCAUCUGGUCUUGGAGGCACCCUAGCCUGACCAUCUUGUGGACACACCGUGGUCAAGGCUAUGAUGUGGAACCUAGAGGCCCCCACUGCCUGCUGUCAUUGGGCCUUCGGGCACUGGGGGCCGUGGGUCCCGUGGCCUGUCCAGCUGGGCUCCCAUCUGGGGCCUGGCUGGGACCAGAGGCCUUAGAAACCAUCUAGCCCUGUGCUUCUCCGUGGGGCUACAGGUUGCUGACCAGGAUACUUGAAGCCACAGGGUAGAUGUGGUACAUUUUCCAGGGUCAUCCAUUUUUAUUGAAAAAAAAAUUGGGGUUUGAGGAGGUUUAGUAUUAAAAUAAACAUGGAUAUAUUUUAAUAUAA